AUGAGACCCUCAGACGUGCCCAUCCCCAGCUCGCCCACCGCACCCUUCCCUCUCACCACCCCGUUCUGCGACGUGGUGGCCGGGUUCGGUCGCGGGUCCGCACAGCUCGGCAUCCCCACGGCCAACGUCCCAGCUGAACAACUGCCCGAGGACUUCGACAGCCUCGCUCUCGGGGUAUAUUUCGGUUUCGCCAGGCUCCAGCCCACCUCAAACGACGAAGACGACGACCACCACCACCACCCACACCAGGCCCGUCCCGAUGGUUCCCACGUCCACUUCAACAACGGCUCCCGGCUGGCCACCGAGGACCUCCAGACCCUGCCUGUCGUGCUGUCCGUUGGCAUGAACCCGUUCUACCACAACCAGACCAAGACCGUCGAGCUGCACCUGGUGCACACCUUCGCGCACGACUUCUACGGUGCCCAGGUCAAGUUCCGGGUCCUGGGCUACAUUCGACCCGAGCUCGACUACACGUCUCGCGAUGCCCUCAUCGCAGACAUCCGCACCGACAUCGCGCUAGCGCAGCGGGCGCUCGCCCUGCCCGGCUACGCUCAGCAAAGCGAUUUCUAG